AAACUUAUUAAAUAUAUAAAAUGAAAUAAUGUGAUUCGCUUGUCAUCAUAAGGUCGCGAAUCGCCAAACGAAGCCAAUGGGCUACGUUCUCUCCCGUCUUUGGAGUUAUUUCUCUGGUCGAGAAUAUAAAAUAAUUAUAGUUGGCUUGGACAAUGCAGGGAAAACCACAAUAUUGUAUCAGCUACUGAUGAAUGAAGUUGUGCACACAUCUCCCACUAUUGGCAGUAAUGUGGAGGAGAUCACUUGGAAAAACAUACAUUUCAUUAUGUGGGAUAUAGGUGGGCAGGAAUCCUUGCGACAAAGUUGGAGCACUUAUUACGGCAAUACAGAUUUUGUCAUCUUAGUUGUAGACAGUAGUGACAGAGACCGCCUGUCAGUCACUAAAGAAGAAUUUUACAGAAUGUUGGCACACGACGACCUGUAUAAGGCGCAAGUGUUGGUGUAUGCUAACAAGCAGGACAUCGAGGGCUGUAUGACUGCCAGCGAGAUUUCACAGUCUCUCCGACUGACCGCCCUGAAGACACACGGGUGGCACAUACAGUCGUGUUGUGCCAUCACAGGAGAAGGGUUAAACCAGGGACUAGAAUGGAUUGCUUCAAACAUUAAAAGAUAGCAGAAUGGAUAUAAUUCAGCAAAUUGUGAAGUAUCACAUUGCUUUUUGGACCUCAGAGGAAAAAGAAUCAUGUUUGGAUUUAUUCGGAUCAUCAAACGCCCACUCGACAAUUUUAUCAGUAUUUAACAUCUGUUAAUAUACCAUAUUUAUUUUGCUGAUGUUGUUUUUGAAUUUUAAACGUCAGUUUGUAAUAGUUUUCAAUUUAAUUUGUUAAAGUGAA